GCCCCGGUUACGGCGGCCGAGGAGACGCUCAGCGGGAGCCGCGCACGGACAGACGGACGGAGCGGCGGGUCGAGUCCAGCGCGGCCCGGUAGGGGCGGACGGCGGGGCGUGCGCGGCGGCGGUGUCGGCGACAGCAGCAGCAGCAGCAGCGACGGCCGCGGGCCCUGGGGCUGAGGGGGAGAAGACCGGCGAACGGAGCCGGCCUCCCCGGAGCGCGUGAAGCGAGCCCGGCGGCAGCGGGGGCGCUUGGCGGCCGGGCCCAGUUCAACUAUGGAUAAACGAGGUGGAUUGGCAGAAGCUGUGAAUGGAGAUGCAUUGCUUAACAUGAACAUAAUCGGCACAAUGAAGUUCCCCCAUCGCUACACAAAAGAAGAACUCCUGGACAUUAAAGAACAUCCUCAGUCUAAACAAAGGCCAUCAUGUCUCUCUGAAAAAUAUGACAGUGAUGGGGUAUGGGACCCUGAGAAAUGGCAUGCAUCCCUGUAUCCAAAUUCUGGAAGGACUUCACCGGUGGAGAGUCUAAAAAAAGAAUUAGACUCAGAUCGGCCUGCCCUUAUACGGAGAAUAGCGGAUCCCAGAGAACGAGUAAAAGAAGAUGAAUUGGAUGUAGUGCUGAGUCCUCAGAGGCGAAGUUUUGGAGGAGGCUGUCACGUUACUGCAGCAGCUGGUGCACGUCGAGCCGGGAGCCCACUGGAGAAAGAACACGACUGUGUCCGUGUCAUUGGUGGGCGUAGAAUUGGUAGUGGAAGAAUAAUUUCUGCACGAAACUUUGAUAAAGACCACCGGAGCAGUGAAAAAGACUCCCGGGAUGCACGAGAUGCGAGAGAGAGAGACCGUGACAGGGAAUACAAAGACAAGCGCUUCAGGAGGGAAUAUGGGGACAGCAAGCGUCUCUUUGGGGAACGUCGAAGGAAUGACUCCUACACCGAGGAAGAGCCCGAGUGGUUCUCCGCCGGCCCCACAAGUCAGUCAGAAACCAUUGAACUGAUAGGGUUUGACGAUAAAAUCCUAGAGGAGGAACAUAAAGGACGGAAACGAACCAGGCGCCGCACGGCCUCUUUGAAAGGAGGGAUAGAAUGCAACGGUGGAGUAACUGAGGAGGAAGAACUGCAGACGACUCUCGGCCAGGAGAGGGCAGCUGACCAGGAAGUCCCCCGGGAAAUGGUCCUGCCGGAAUCGGCCUCGGGAGAGUUUGAUUUCAAUGAGUUCUUCAACUUGGAUAAGAGCGUUCCAGGCUUGGCCUCAAUGAUAGAAGAUGUGCUGGGGGAAGGCUCUGUGUCUGCCAGCAGGUUCAGCCGCUGGUUUUCUAAUCCUAGUCGAUCUGGAAGCCGCUCAAGUAGUCUUAGAUCUACGCCCCACGAAGAGUUGGAGAGACUGGCAGGUCUAGAGCAAGGCAUUCUGUCCCCUGGUCAGAACUCUGGAAACUACUUUGCUCCUAUUCCUUUGGAAGAUCAUUCUGAAAACAAAGUGGACAUCUUAGAGAUGCUACAGAAAGCUAAAGUGGACUUAAAGCCUCUCCUCUCGAGUCUCUCAGCCAACAAGGAGAAGCUGAGAGAGAGCACACACUCGGGGGUUGUCCUCUCAGUGGAGGAAGUAGAAGCUGGGCUGAAAGGUCUGAAAAUGGAUCAGGAGGGGAAAACUGCAGCCCCCUUAAUGGCAGAGCGGAUGGAGGAGUCCCUAAACGUAGCUGAUUCGCGGCACUUUAAAGAUGGGGAUAUGUCUGCCUUCAACAAGCUAGUCAGUACCAUGAAGGCAAGUGGAACUCUACCUUCACAACCCAAAGUCAAUCAAACUUCUGAAAACCCACUGAUGCCACCAUCCGAGAUGCCAGGCCAGACAGCUACAAAGAAUAUCUUGCAGGAGAUCCUGGGGCCCUCCCCUUGCAGACAGACGUCAUCCAAUGUCCUCAGCACCUUGAUGGGGGGCUUGGAGCCUGUUCCCCCCCUCCUUGCCCAGAGAGCCUCUUCUCCGCCGCAGCCUCCCAUCUCCCAGAUGUUUCCCACUCGGGCCGCUUCAGCUGACUACUUGAGGCAUCGGGUCCCAUCUCCAGUGGGUUUUGGACCAGGGGCGCAGCAGUUGCUUACCGAUCCAUUUCAGGGGAUUCGAAAAUCAGUGAGCCCAGCUGCUGCUACUGCUGCUCAGAUGAAUCAUCUCGAGUUGCAGCAAGCUGCGUUACAAGGUCUCUCUCUUCCACAUGACUUAGCUAUGCAAGUGCCAAAUUUCUACCAACCAGGUUUUGGCAAAUUACAGAUGGAUAAAAACCGAGAUGGCUUCAGGAACCGGCAGCCGCGCAUGACUCAGUCUCCUGCCUCUCUGGGGCUCCGAGGAAACGCCUCUUCUCCUCCGACCGCUGCUGCUUCCAUCACUAGCAUGCUAUCUCCUUCCUUUACUCCUACCUCAGUAAUACGCAAGAUGUAUGAAAGCAAAGACAAGAGCAAAGAUGAGCCCCAUGCAGCCAAGUUGAAAUCGAGCGAGAGAGAAGAAGGUCCGGGGGCAACCGAAGAGGGUCUUUUGCCAUCCAAGUCCACAGAUCAUGUUGACCAAGAGAACUCGCCCUCCGUAGCUACCAAACUAACAUCACUGCAGCGUUCCGCCUGUUCCACCCCGCUUUCUCAAGCCAACCGUUGCACCAAAGAGCAGGACUACAGGCCCAAAUCUUCUGGGAGAAAAACUCCUACAAUGGCUUCUCCAGUUCCAGGGAAUACUUUCCUCCGUCCAAUCCACCAGGUUCCUCUGGUUCCUCAUGUUCCAAUGGUACGACCUCCUCAUCAGUUGCCCCCAGGAUUAGUCCAAAGGAUGCUGGCACAAGGCAUUCAUCCACAGCACCUCCCUCCUCUGCUGCACGCAGGUAUGAUUCCUCCUGGGGUUGACCUCGCUCACCUCCAAGGAGUAUCUGCUCCCCUCCUUGGUCAACCAUGCUACCUGCUAACCCCAGCUGGCCACCCUCUCUUGAAUCCUCGCUCAGCGACCCCUUUGCAGCUGGCAGUGAUGCAGCAGCAGUUACAGCGCUCAGGUGCUGGCACACAAGGAUCUGCUGUUGGCGUGCAAACAACUCCUCCCCCUGUGUCCUCUCGGACCGGACUGCCUCAUAUGCACUCGCAGCUUGACCACCGUGCCGCUGCCCAACGAAGUAGCUCUCCUGUCGGCCUGGCAAAGUGGUUCGGUUCCGACGUCUUACAACAGCCCCUCCCGUCCAUGCCUUCCAAAGUGAUCAGCGUGGAUGAGCUGGAAUACCGACAGUGAGGACCCUUGUUGAGAGCAGGGAUCUGCGCUGAUUUUGACCAGGCCCGUGUCUCCUCGGGCAGCUGCCUCUCACGUGCUUCACUCCCAUUUCUUUUGGGCUGCUUUGGUUUCAGCACUUUGUGCAGAGUUGUUUUUGGAGUGACUAAAAGCACAUGGCGCCUGUGUCCUCAUCAAGAUGGAAAGAAUUCAUUCUAGAUUGAAUAGUGAACCCUGAAAAAACUUGGAUGUGAGACAGUACCAGAAGAAUUCUGGAAGCAUCUACCUUUUUUGUUUGGCUUUUUUUUUUUUUUUUUUUUUUUAUAAAAAUGUAGGAAUGAAGUGCUGGUGACCUCUUGGGACAGAGGUAUCGGCCUUAAGGGUUCACCACUGGAAAUUCUAUGUACAGACCAAUGUAUGAACAUCUUUUUUUUUGUAUCUAUCCACGGGAGAGCUUUUUUGAACUUAUACAGCUGUACAUAAGAGUAGCUAGUAAAAAGUUAAGCUUUAGUUUGUGUGCCUCUGGUUUGGAUCUAUUCACUGUACAUGUGGGACGUGCAUUAAAGGUGCCGCAGAAGUCAAUUGUGCGUGAGCCAGAUUGACAUUGCUUUGCCUCUUGUGUACUCCAGUCUUACUCCUCUGCAUUCUGUUCUAGGCAAGUCACAAAAGUGGGAAAAGGCCACUAGGUACAUGCUGUAUAUUUUUGCAGUCCAGAGGAAAGGAAGUUGCUGGGUUGGGAUCUUAAGCGCCUGAAAAGUGGGCUGCAAGAUGCUGGCCUUCAUAAUUGCACACAGAUUUAGGUACCAUAGACCUUGCACCUGUCAACUCUGCUGCAGUAGUGCAUCUUCAGUGUUGCUGUCCACUAAAAAGUCAGACAUAGCUGCUCUUGAGGGUCUACAACUGCUAGCAGUUAUAGUAAUUUGUUCUCCCCUGCUGUGAGUAACAGUCUUAAAUUGGACAUCUUCAGUCCAAAUCAAGUCCUGAAUUGUUUCACUUGGUGGCAUGCUGUGUUGGCAUUGAUGACCCAGAACAGUUUGGAUAAAUGACCUGUAAAUUGUGCCAUGACAUCUAUGUGGGCCAUCAAUGACUGAACACUUGAAGAUUUUGUAACAUGAACUUAGUGCAAGUGUCACGGUGUUGUCCCUGUAAGAUUGUUACAUAACUUUUUUUAAAAUGAAAUUUUCCCCAGAAUUCUUUCUGUAAAUAAAGUCAAUUCUAUGAGCUUUCUGA